AUACAAAGUCGAAGAACCAUGUUCCGUUGAUCGCCGGCCUGAUAUUUAUUUUUAUUAGUUUUUAACGAUUUUAUGAGGGACUUGUUUAUUCCUUUUUUUUUAAAUAUUAAUAAGAUUUUUUUGUAUUUUUUGUAAAUAAUAAUAAGAUACAAAUAUGGACAUAAUCGAAAAUGAAGAGACAGAUAAAGAUACAGUGGAGGAAAAUGUGUUGGAAGAACUGUUUCCAAAAAAAUAUGAUUUAAUGACCGAAACAGAAGUAUCACUUAAGAAAACUUAUAUCAACAAACUAAGCGGCACGAAAACAUUAAAGUAUUCAAUAAUUCUACCGGACAACACCAUAGAGGUAUACGAGCUCAAUAAUAGCUCCCUGUCACGUGUGUGUGUCAUGAGUGGCCACGAGAAGACAGUGACUGAGACCGUUUUCAACCCAAAUGAUGACAACCUCCUUUUUUCAACGUCUGAAGAUGGACUUGUCAAGAUGUGGGAUACAAGGGCCGGUGGCUCCUGUGUACUAGACUAUAAAGAUGAGGAGGAAAAGAUAAUUCGUCCGUACGAGUGCAUGGACGUGUCGUACAACGGGCGUGUUCUGUGCACCGGCAGCCAGCUGGUGGAGGACGACGCGUACCUCGUGUUCUGGGACCAGCGCGUGCCCAAGCCGCUCGGUGGCUACUGGAACUCUCACACCGACGACGUCACGCAGGUGAAAUUUCACAAGGAGAAGGUGGAAAUACUGGCGACGGGCUCGGUGGACGGGCUGGUGAACGUGUUCAAUAUAAUGGAGCAGACGGAGGAGGAGGCGCUGACGCACACGCUGAACGCGGAGUGCGCGGUCGACAAGUUGGCGUGGCUGGGCGACGCCGCGGUGGCGUGUCUCACGCAGGCGCACCAGCUGCAGCUGUGGAGCACCGCCAGCGCCCGGCGCGCCCUGCACUGCGACAGAGAGCACAUCGCCAGGAGUAUAAAGCGGAGCCGCGCGGACGAUUGCUACCUGGUGGACUCGUUCACUUCGGUGGGCGGGCGGCCCGUGCUGCUGGCCGGCUCCUACGGCGGCGACGGGAGCACUCUGCGGGCGCUGGCGGUGGCCGGCGACCGCCUGCUGCCCUACGCCGACUUCCCCCGCAACCGGCAGCUCGUGCGCUGCUGCUACCACGACCGGGCGAGAGACCUGCUGGUGACGGCGGGGGAGUCGGGCAUCGUGAGCGUGUGGCGCGGCGUGCCCGACCACAGCGGCGUAGACGAAGCGGACGACGCCGACCUCCGCGACCACGUCGACGUCGAUGCUUCCGGCGAUUCCGACGACUCGGGCGACGGCGACGGCUCCGAGGACGAAGGCGGCUCCGAGGACGGCGACGACUCCGAGGACGGCGAUGGGUCCGAUGACGGCGACGGGUCCGACGAUGGCGAUAAAUCCGACGACGGCGACAAGUCCGACGAUACAGACAAAUCGGAUAAUUCAGAUAAAUCGGAUGAUUCGGAUAAAUCUAAGGUUUCGGACAAACCGGCAGACUCGGUCACACACGAAGAGUCGAGCGAGCGACACGACUUAGAUAAGGCGGACUCGAAUAAACAGGAAGCUUUGGGUAAAGCCGAGGUCUCAAAUAAAGCAGAGGAUUCGGAUAAAAUGGAUUCAUCGGAUGAGUCGUUCGAGUCGAGCGAGACGGAGGGGGGCGAGGUGCAGGACGAGGUGUCGGGCAAGUUGACGGGCGCACUUGCCCGACUGCAGGCGCGCAGACAUCGCCCGUACUGAGUGCACGAUCUUAUACCUCUAUAUCAAUUCCUACAAUUAGCUUAUCGACUUUGUUUAUGUUAUAUAUAUAAAAUAUAUAGAAACAAUUAUAGAAAAAGCAAACAAGACAAAUAUAGAAAACUAUGUCAUCCGCCAUUUUGGAUUUUCCAUAGUGCACUGUACUCUGCUAGUCAGAAGCUCGGAAAAACCGCCAUUUUGUAACGACGGUCUGGAUAUUUUAUGAUGCACUGUAUUAUUGUACAAUGUGAUAAAAUACAAUUCGUAAUAUUUACUAAAAACUUAGAAACCAACUGCUAAAAGUAGGAAUUGACUUAAAAAUAUUUUUUAAUAUUAUUUUACUCACGUAUGUAGUAAAAAAUAUUUAAAUAAGAUAAUUAUAGUUUUAAAUCCGGAUCUGUGAAUCAGGGUUGGAACCUCUCAGAUUGUGAAGCUGUCACCGAGUGGCCUGACACCGUUCU